AUGAUAAUCCCAGUUCGAUGCUUUACUUGCGGGAAGGUGAUCGGAUACAAAUGGGAUGAAUAUCUUGAAAUUCUCCAAGCUGGCUAUGAAGAAAGCGAAGCACUCGAUCGAUUAGGUUUGAUUCGAUAUUGUUGUCGAAGAAUGUUGAUGACACAUGUCGAUUUCAUCGAGAAACUUCUCAACUAUAACACAUUAAUCGAAGAUGAGAACGACUCAAUAAAAUUGAUAGCUAGCUAG